ACGACUCUGAAACCGACCAUGACGACGCCGACGGCCGGUGGCGACAAUGACGACAACAACAGCGUCGCGCAGCAAGAGUGCGUCCGUGUCAUUGUCCGCGUGCGUCCGCGCAACGAACGCGAGCGCAAGGGCCAAACAGAGGCGGACGAUGUCGUCCGAAUCGGCGCCAAGCACGGCAGCGACUUGCCCAACCACGUGCAGGUCGCGAGCGCGGCCUGGGACGUCGACGUUGGGUAUACGUACGACGCGGUCUUUGGGACAUCGACGCGACAAGACGAGAUCUACGGCUAUCUCGCGUCCUCGGUCGAGCAAGUGGUGCAAGGCUUCAACUGCACCAUUUUCGCGUACGGGCAAACUGGCACGGGCAAGACGCACACGAUGAUGGGCCCCGAUACUGGGCCGGUCUUGGUCGACGGCAACGCAAUCGCUGCGGAGGCCGGUAUCAUUCCGCGUGCUGUGGCGGGGCUCUUUGCCGAGCUCGCGACCAUCGGCGCGAGUGGUGCCGGCGCCGUCGUGCACUGCUCGUACAUGCAAAUCUACAACAACCAAGUGUUUGACUUGCUUCAAGCCACCAACAUGCAGGACCAAAAGCCUCUUCAAGUCCGUGAAAUGAUCAAGGGCAACGCCAAACACAUUUACGUCAGCGGCAUCUCGGAAUUUCGCGUCGGGAGCGCUCAAGAUGUCUUGGAUCUGCUCAAAGUGGGCGGCCAAAAUCGCACGAUCCGAGCGACUGAGUGCAAUGAGAAGAGCAGUCGAAGCCACGCGCUUUUGCAAGUCAACAUUGAAGUCGAGUCGCGCGGGUCCGAGAGCACGACGAUCAUCCGUCGGGCCAAGCUCAACCUCGUCGACUUGGCAGGGUCGGAAAAGUGGGACACGGACAUUGCCAUGUCCAACGACCGCACCCGCGAGCUCCGCAACAUCAAUGCGAGUCUCUCGGCGCUGGGAAAUGUCAUUGCGGCGCUCACCGAUAAAAAAAGAACACACAUUCCGUACCGCGAUUCGAAGCUGACGCGGCUGCUGCAAGACUCACUCGGAGGCAACACGCGCACGAUUGUGAUAGCGACGAUUUCGCCGUCCGAGGCCGCGAUCGAAGAGACGAUCUCGACGCUGCAGUUUGCCGAGCGCGCAAAGCAGAUUUCGCUCAACAUCCAAGUAAACGAAGUGGUCGACGACGCCAUUUUGCUCGCGCGGGCGACGAAGGAGAUUGCGCGCCUCCAGCACUUGCUCCGUGCACAGCCGUCGAUUGAGCGCUUGGGUGCGCUCGAGGCGCAAGUCGCGUCGCUCACCGACGAGCUCAAGCAAGCCCGGCUCGAGAACGCCCAGCUCAAGCGCAAGCUACAAGCCAACAAGAGCGACGGACGCCCACCACCGUCGCUUACAAGUAGCAACAACCAAGUGCCCGAGGCAACCCCCGCACCGGAGCGACCGCUCUCACAAGCCAGCGAAUCGGCGCCCGCCGACUUGCGUGCGGUCGAUGAAUACGACCGCCAGGCGCAGCACCAACUGAGUCAGCUCCAUCGGCUCCAGAGUGAGCGGCGACAGCUGGAGGCGCAGUUGCAGUCGAUGCAAGCGUCGCCGCCGCCCGUCGCACCCGAAGACGACGACGUCUGCCCUAUCUGUCAGCGCUUGAUCGACCACCACACGGACGACGAGCUGGAUCGGUGCAUCGAGCUCGAAGCGCACGCAAUACCGCCCGAGCCGGUGCGACCCAAGACGUCGGGAUCGACGUCGUCGUUGCCGGCGCUCCGCCGUCCGUCCAGCAAAGCGUCGUUGACACAGCGAAAAGAGUCGAGUCCGUACGCAGAAGUGCCGGGAAGUCUUUCCUCGCGCGAAAGCGCAAAGUCGCCGGGGACGCCGCCCAUGAUGACCAACCAGGCGCGGCCAAGCAAGCCAAAGGCCAAACACUCGAUCGUCAAGCAGAUGAAAGCGCGACAAAAGGCCAAGGACCGACUCGCAGCGUCGCCGUACGUUGACGUGCCGGCGGUAGCCAAGAAGCCUCUCGAUGCCGCACUGAAUCAAAAAGAUGCCGCGCCAAAGAGCGCGCUCGCCAACGACGUGCGCGACAUUGGACUCAACCUCACGGUCUACAGCUAUCGGUACGACUCGUGGUACCCGUGCACGAUUGUCGGGUGCGACUCGAAGCGCAAGAUGCACUGCUGCCACUACGACUACGGCGACAAGCAGUGGCUCGUUCUCGCCGACAAGAAGAUCGAGGUGAUUGGCCGCACGACCGACUAGAAGACGCCAAAAUGCACACUGUGUCCAUAGUUAGUAUGACUAAGUCGUUUCGCAAUACCAUGAGACACUUGGGACAAAGGUUAAUUGCCGUAGAGCGUCUCAAACGCAGCGCC